AUGCUGCCCCGCCCUUUGGGUCAUCAGCGAUUCGGAAAGCGUCCUUCAGAUCCAGAUGUUGCACAGCUCAGAGAAUCUCUGGUAUCCCACUUCAAGAGCACUGUGGCCACAUACUCCACUGCCUCCGGCCUGGAUGGAGUUGCUGAGAGCAGAAAAAUGUCCAGUCUCAAGCUGUCCAUCCUGUUCACUGGAACUGUGCUUGCAUCUGUCUUCCUGCCAGGCUUUGUGGAGGCUGGUCCACUGGUGCACCUGGAGAAGGAGAAUGUGGCAGACGCCUCCGUGGAGAAGCAAGGCAGUUCGUCAGGGCUGCCAAAGCUGGGGCGCGAGAGGAGGAGCAUUGCUUACAAACAACAGCCAGACUUUGGGGACUGGUACAAGUACUUCAUGGCCACCCACAACCAGGAGGGAAUUGAGAACCUGGAUCGGAUCUAUAUGCUGUACCUGCAGAACAAGCAUAGGGUGGAGGAGGGGCGCUCCUACAACCAUUACCUCAACCACCUGAGUGAGAUCUACAAGGCCUGUGCCAACUCUGAUGAUCCCGACUGCAUUGCAGAGUCCACCAGCAAACCUGCUGCCAAGGUCCUCACGCCUGCUCCAUUCAGGCAAGCCAUUGUGAAGGGGUGUAACCCAUACCUGGAUCCCUACUGCGUCUACACCAUGGAUCCUCGCUCUGCAGCACCCGAGGAAUCUGCCCCUGCACCAGUGAAGGCUUCCGCUCCCGCACCCCUCCUCACCGCACUGCUCCCUUUACAUCUACGGGCACCGCUGGGCUACAACCAUGCCCCGGUGAUGGAGUCCUUCCUGUCUGCCGAGCAGAGAGCUGAGCUGCUUCGCAUCUGCAGCCCAUUUGACGUCGAGUGCCUGCAGUACCACCUGCGCGCAGCUUAUGGCUAUAAGCCCAGCCUCAGCCCCGCCCCUUCCUACGCCCACCUUGGCUGCGACCCUGCCAAAGACCCGUACUGCAGGCCCAUGCUGGUGGCCAGGGCUCCCUCAGGUCUGUACCAACUGUACCCCUCCUGUGACCCUGCAUUGGACCCUCUCUGUGCUAUCCACGGAGCACCAGCUGCUCAGGUUGCAGGACAGGCUGAGGAGGCUCCCAGGGAGCAAUUCUGCAACCCACUGUUUGACAGGGGCUGCAACCCUCUUACUGCUACCAAGCUGGCUAGACUCACCAAUCCAGUGCUGGAGUACACACCCCAGGAUGAACCAGCACCCGUCAACCUGGCUUGCGACCCCCGCUAUAGCCCCUAUUGCCUGAUGGGGGGCACGGCUGCCCUGAUGAGGCCACCUCCACUCCUCCCCCAGUUCCAGACCCACUCCAGCCUGGGUAUCCCUGCAGCUUCCAGCACUGCCCGGGAUGGUAUUAUCGAGCCCCACCCUGACUGUGAUCCCGAAAUCGACUUCAAUUGCCGCCUGCGACGUGCAGAGCCUGCAGCUGAUGAGGGGCGGGCUGAGGUGCAAAGAGAUGAGCCGACCCAGCAGGAAAGUGGCCAGGGGAACCCCAGCACUGCCAACAUAGCACCUGAGCACCCACGAUUUGAGAAUUUCCUGAGAGCAUACAUGGGUCCUUACAAGAAAUAA